AUGCCUUCCUCAACACAGACACCAUUCACUUUGAUCCUUGCGGAGACGGUGGUAUCCAUUACUGCCGUGAUCCUGUUUUGUAUUGAAUAUCCAGCAGACUUCAGAUCGAGACUCUGGGAGAACGGUGGUGAAUUAGGAUACAAUUCGAACCCAAAUCAACGCAUCUAUUUCUAUGCCAACCAUAUCGAGCCCCCAGAGGUACCUUUUAUUUGGAGUCAAAGUUUGGCCGCCUCGAAUCUCGCCAUCGCUAUGCUUGGCUUGGUCGUCUUUGUCGCCCGCACCAUCAUGUCACGCCUUCGUUACCUCCCCCACCACAUAAACAUCAUCUACGACAUGAUACUCUUCAGUCUUUGGGCUAUAAGCCUUGCAGGACAAACAUCGGGCGACUUCUCUGACCCCAAACACCCAAGUCCCCAUCCAUGGUACCUCACGAGGGGGUGCUCUGUCAGUUGGGACAGGACCAAAGGAUAUUGUCAUACCGCCCAGGCGGGUUUUGCGAUAUCUGUAAUGGCUGAGAUUUUAUACGGCGCGAGAUUGAUAAGGGAAAUUGUCUUGGUGGCAUACGCCAGAGGACAGCAGCAUCGGUCGAAUGAGUUUGUCUUGAAUCCUGACGAUGCAGAAUCAACGGAGGGCUUAUACACGGACGGUGAGUGGGAAUCAUCGGAACAAAAGGCGACUAGGAACAGCUUGGUUUUAAGUCCUGUCUUAGCAUUCUUCCCAUCCAAUUCAGAAAGCCGUUGGUAG